CCCUAUCAUUUGCGCCUCCUCCUCCGCAGCAAGAAAGACGAAACUCUUUCUCCUCCAUAGCUCUCUAUUUCAUGUCAAAUCUGAAAGCAAUGAGAGAGUCGAAGCAUUAGACUUUUCGAAAUCGCGAAGGUUCUUUAGAAUUGAAUCUGAGAAAUGGUGGACAAUACUUCCGGCUUGGUGCACUUCCAGCAAUAAUCAUGGAUUGAUUCAAUAUGGAUCAUAAUAACAGUGAAUAAUUCCUUAGCAUUCAGAUACACCGUCAAAGACAUAGAAACAAUUGAUAUUGUUGAGUCUUCGGAUCACUGGAAAACAUGGAGGGCAGUACAAGGAUUUAAUGAGUGGCAUGCAAUCAGAGGAUAUGAAGAGGUAAUGAUGAUAAGAAUGGUGGUAUCUAUCCAUGGGCAGCACAUAAAGGAUUCUGUCAACGCAACAGCAUUACCCGGCCAAGACUCAUUGGCAUUGGUGGUGGUUGAUCAGAAUGAAGGACCUGCUAAUGCGAACAGCGGAGUGCUGAGUGGAGGUGUUUUACAGGCAGAUGCGUUAAUUAGCAGUUCUAAGAGACUUCAAGAUGAUCUACAGUCUCUUGGUCUAAAAAUCAAACAGCACGAGGAUAACAUAAAAUCUCUGAAGGCUCAGAAAAACAUAUUGGAUGACUCUAUUCUUGAUAAGCAAGUCAUUCUUGGGAAGUAUCAUUCUUCUGCCCCACCUACUGCUGAAGAUAAUAGCCUUUCCAAUGGAGGUGAUGAGGAAACAACUGAGCAAAUAUUGAAGCGUGACCAAUCUGCCGCUGGAAUAUGGUGCCAACUUAAAAAUAGUCAUGGCACUCAGGCUCCCGUUCUUGCUUUAUCCAAGGAUGUCGUUGGCAUAGUUGCUACUCUAGGCAAAGUCGAUGAUGAAAACCUUAGCAGGCUUCUCUCUGAGUAUUUAGGAGCGGACACCAUGCUUUCCAUUGUUUGCCAGACUCGACAAGGCCUCAAGGCUCUAGAAACAUAUAAUAGAGAAGGCGGUAUUGAUAAAAGUGCUGGUCUUCAUGGGCUUAGUUCUUCCAUUGGGAGGACUUUAAAUGGAAGAUUUCUCGUCAUUUGCUUAGAAGAUCUAAGACCAUAUGUUGGUGAUUUUGUAGCUGAUGAUUCGCAGAGAAGGCUUGAUCUCUUUAAGCCCAGAUUACCGAAUGGGGAGUGUCCGCCUGGUUUCCUUGGCUUUGCAGUCAAUAUGGUCAACAUAGAAACCACCAAUCUCAUUUGUUUAACACCCAGUGGUCAUGGUCUCAGGGAAACUCUAUUUUAUCAUCUUUUCUCUCGGACUCAAGUAUAUAGCACGCGGGCGCAUAUGCUAUGUGCUCGUCCUUUAAUCAGUGGCGGAGCCAUCUCUUUGGAUGGUGGAAUAAUUAGAGGUCCUGGCAUGUAUUCCCUAGGCAACCGGGAGGAUGUGGAUGUGAGAUUUGCAGUACCAUCGGGUGCAUCCAGUCGUCCUGCAAAUUACCAUGAAACAGAAAACCAGAUGAAGGACUUGAAAUGGAAAAGGGAAAAACUGCUGGAAGAUUUGCAACGAGAGCGACAAAUGCUGGAUCACGCCAAACUGAAUUUUGAGAGAAAGAAGCAAGAAUUUGUUAUGUUUCUUGCUCAAAGCUCUUCUUAUGCGAACCAGGUUCAUCUGGGAAGCAACCCAAUGGCCCCCAGAUGAAAUUUUUGUUGAAGGAAGAGAUCUUUGCAAUUAUUCAAGCGGAGUAAACCGACAUAAUUUCAAGAUGCUCCGACUCAUCUGACUUGUUGUCUUCUUUAAGCUUUCGGCAAGACUUAUUUCCUAGUUCUAUGGAUUGGACUAUUUCCUUCAGUUUAAUGCGGUUUAAUUGUAUUUGGGAUGUUGUACUUUUGACUUGGUAUAAAUCUCUCUCUUCGAACAUGCAUGCCAAUUCCUUUACAAGUCCAAUGUCUGGUUGGCUUGCC